GGCCAUGGCAGGCAUAGCUCCAGACCACCGGACAAGUCGAAGAGUGACCGUGACAAGAGUGGCAGCGGUCAUCGCUCGAACGGAACCGUGAAGGUUACUACGGAGUCAACGGAAGUUCAGUGUGACGCUUCUUCAAAUCCAGAAUCUAGUCCCUUUCUUCACGUUCAAGAUGAAUUGCUCUCAAAGGUACCAGGUGCUGAAAGCGAUGCCGCGAGACGGGUGCACGAAGAAAAUUUGCUGCUUCAGCAGGAACUCAAGGAGAAGUGUGACCUGCUCUCUAAGCUUGAGGAGGAACUGGACCAUCGUGACGACGCGACGACCGCGCUUGAGGUGCUGGAACGGACGGCAACGCCCUUGUCGCUUAGCCACCGCCCGCAGCAGCGGGAGGAGCUUCGCGUGACGCAAGAGGCCCUGAGCAGCCUCCGGCAGUGCUUCAGGCUGGACGACCCGUACCAACACACGCUGGACACCAUCGAGCAGUCGCUGUGCACGUUACUCGAACGAGUCACCUGCAUGGAGAAGAUGGCCGCCGCAUCUUCCGCUUGCCCUUCCACGGGUUCCCUGAGUGCUGCAUCUGCGCGCCGGUUGAACUUCGACUCGACCGGUGACCCCCGGCGGCUACCAAUCACAACGUUAGAAGACUUUCCCGGCUACCGCAUCGACCCUCCAGCAUCCCUAGGCCAUUGCUCUCAGCCACCGAGCACCAAGGUGAUCUACUACACAGAGAGGUCGGUCACCCCGUUCCUGUCGGCCAUUCCCAAAAGACUCAGCGACAUCCGACUUCGAGACUUCAAAGUAGUGUUUGAUCGUCCCGGCCAGUACAGAUAUCACUUCAAGACACUCGAUCCCGAGUUUGGAAUGGUCAAAGAGGAAGUGCUUCACGAUGACGACCACGUACCCGGCUGGGACGGCAAGAUCGUUGCUUGGAUAGAGGAGGACAUCUGAGGAACUGCACUGCCAUGUUCCUUCUUUGCUCAGGCAUCGCUCGUCCAUUCAUCUGUACAUAGCGCAUCAUUUGAAAACGUGUGCCUACAAUCACUACAGCAACAGUUCUGUUGCGACUUGCACGUAUUGUAACUUAUUGAAGGUGCGAGUCAGCUUGUUAACCGAUCGACUUGUACGUCGACGUUCCGAAUGGUUAUUGAAGGUUUGGUUUAUUGUUCCAACUUCAAAAGGAGUUGCGGUGACCUCAGAAUACGUGGCCGUGUCCAUAACUAAUUUCCAGGCCAAGCUGUUCUACCGUAUGUUCACACAACAACAACAACAACAACAAAAAAAAAACAUAUUCUCAAACGUGAAGCCACAACACAUCUAUAGACACUGUCUCAGUCUUUCUCCAGAAAACGUACUUCUAAACUAAACAUCAGGCCAAGCUUGGCUUGUUAGAAUAAUGUAGCUUUUAUGCAAAUUCAUCAUCACUGGUAGUUCUUCCUUUCUGCGUUUUUCUUCAAUGUGAGAAAAAUAAGAAUUGGAAUCUAUCGUUCGUGCACCAGAAAUGCAAUGGUCUAGCAAAGAAAUAGGCGAGGGACUGAACGAAAAGUACAUAAAGAUUAAGUGUCACGUGUACUCAACCGUCUGGCGUAACCAAAUAUAUUAUCAUGAAAAAAAUUUUGAAGUUAAGAAAUCAGAAAGUGAUUAGCCUUAAUUAAUACAUUCAGCGCACGUGCAUUGCCGUCUACUUAGAUCUUUCUAUUGUUUUGUUAUUGCAGCGGUUAAUGGCCAAUUGGUCCACUUCUCAGUCCAUCUGUACUCUGAACAAAUUUUUUUUAAAUCUACUUUCCGUUUUCUUUUCGCUCUGUUACGAGUUUUGUGAAUGCUUUAAAGAUUGCCUGUUACGCAAGUGAUAGGUGAUGCUGCUUUUUUGAAGUGAUCGCUUCAAAUAAAGUAUGGCAGUCACACGAGCAGUUAUUGACACGUUCAAAGGGGUGCCCCUCCUCAGUAUAAGAUUGUGACACUUCUCUAAGAACGAACGAGCGUGCGUUCAGAAAACCAUGUGGGCACAGCUAAGUCUAUGAUGUGAAGGCUGUGUUAUGUAUAUGCGGGCCAUUUGUCACCCAUCAUAACAGUUAUGUUGUAUCUGAGGAUUUCCUCAAAGCUUUGCCAACUAUGUUUAAAUGUGUCGCCUGCAGGAACGUGUUUCAUAUUGGAACUGUUUGUAUUUAUCUCAUUGAAAAAUCGCUGUUAAUAAAGCAAAGUGCAAUUU